CCAGGGACUGUAGUGACUUCUCUUGCAAUGAGAUGCAGUGCCUUAGACCACCGCGUCACUCGAGAGCCAAUUAUUAUGUAAUAGAAUGUGCCAUUGAUCCAUUCCUUUUUCAUGUGAAUACCGCCAAGCCAGGAUGAGAUGCUGACGACCCUAACAUCUCUCACUCUCUCUCUCUCUCUAAUAACUGUUUAGUUGAUAGAAAAGGGCCUAAGAUGAGACAUUUCUGAGAUGCCCCAUCUCUUAAGAGGCCUUCAUUUGGCUGGGCUGGUGAAUUUACAUGGACAUCACUUAGUGUAACAGUCUAAUUCCUUAGCAAGACUUUCUCUGUCACAUAUCAUAUAUUGCUGUCCUCUCCCAUGCCAAAAUAACCAGCUAUUACACCCAAGGUUGCCUGUGGUCUGACUCUCUUAGCGCUAUAAGGGCUCUUUCCUAGCAUUGCACUCCAAGGGUUGCUCUUUGCCAUACUCCUGGAGUUGUCCCUCAGCUGGUAAUCAUGCUGCACCUCACCUCCUCCAAAGAUCUGAGUUGUGCUGUGGACAGUUGGAGGAUGGAGGUCCAUGGCUUCAGUGGUGUCUGGGAACACCACGUCCCUGUAAGACCAUCCAGGUUCUACCCCCGAGUAAUGGUCCCCCUGCUUUCUCUUUGUGAGACUGUAGCUUGUCUUAUGUCCACAGCCAGGUGAGGGAGAGGCUGAAGAAGAAUGUGGAGCAGAUGAAGUCUCAGGACCCUAACUUUCGACCAGGUCUGGUUGUGUUACAGGUGGGGGACUGAGAUGAUUCAAGCCUCUACAUCAGCAUGAAGCUGAAGGCAGCAGCCGAGAUUGGAAUAAAUGCCACACACCUAAGGCUCCCGAGGACUGCCACAGAGGAUGAGGUUCUGCACAGCAUUACGGAGGUGAAUGAGAACUCUGCUAUCCAUGGCCUCAUCGUUCAGCUGCCUCUAGACUCCAUCCACAAAAUAGAUACCGAGAAGGUGACUAACGCUGCGCCCCCAGAGAAGGAUGUGGAUGGGAAAGCACUAAGAUGUUUCAACAUGUUUGUCAUGUUCUGUGUGACCAGUUUACUGUCAAUCAAACUGUGAUAAACUCUCAAAAACGGUUUUCAUUUUAUUUUGUGACACUCCGGCAAAUCAUGGAGAUUUCACAUCCACAUCUUUGCCAUUCUCGAAGCGUUCUAGUUGAAUUUGUGAAGUAUAAUGACGCCACAAGCUUGGCACACCUGUAUUUGGGGAGUUUCUCCCAUUAUUCUCUGCAGAUCGUCUCAAGCUCUGUCAG